AUGUCGCAGAUCCCAGUGGCGAUUCUGGGCGACAUCUCGCGCGACACGAUGGUGAGAGUUGACUGGGUUAUUCAACGCGGUGCAGCCGCAGUUGUGCGACUCGAUGGCGGUGCAGCCGCAGUGCGCGCAGCUGCUCAACGAUCUCGUGUGUACCGCCACGCCUCUCUUCCCCUCUCUGCUCCCUCGCAUACCUCCUGCUCCCCUCUCAAUACUGCUCGCACCCCCCACCACCAGGUGUGCGACUCGAUGGCGGUGCAGCAGCAGUGCGGACACAUCCUCGACGACCUCGUUCGACCUCACCUACUCUUCUCUCACCACUUACAACCGUACCAUACCGCUCUUUCCCCCCUCCACCAGGUGUGCGACUCAAUGGCGGUGCAGCAGCAGUGCGGACAGAUCCUCGACGACCUCAUGUGCGCCACCCCUAAGUCUCCUGUUCCUCUCCCUACAUUGCUCCCCGCACUGCCCCUCCUACUGAAUCAGGUGUGCGACAGCAUGGCGGUGCAGCAGCAGUGCGGGCAGAUCCUUGACGACCUCGUGUGCGCCGCCACGUGCGACCCGUACGCGGGCAGCUACGUGACUGUCAACGAAUUCGUGGGGUCGACGGAGGUGGCAGUGUGCUUGCGAGAAGCUGAAGCAGUCUUUGAAGCAUGCAAGGAUAUCCUGUUCAUUUCCACGUCAAAAGGCGCCACGCUUGACCUCACGCCGUACUUCCCCGACUCUCGUACAUUCAUGACUCAAAUCGUUGGGGGAAUCCUGCGGGUCGUCAUGGGCAACGACAAGGUCCAAGUCGUGCUCACCAGUACCAACUGCAUAGCAGGCAACACCAACGUGUAUCCCCCUGCCACAUCCUGCUGUGACACCUUCUCUUCAGUCCCUGACACGUGCACUGUCACCAACGAGUUCAGCAGCCUGCUCAACCGCCCCACACCCCCCGCCUGCCUUGCUGCCACCACCACACUUCCCGUCAACACCCCCAUUCCUGCCCCCACCCCUGCUGUUAGCCCUGUCCCUUCCACUUCCCCUGUUCCUGUUGUUCCUGCUUUGCCCAGCACUGCUGCUCCUCGGGCUUCUCCCAGAAUCUCACCCAUUCCCUCAGUGCCCAAAGCACCGUCUCUACCAUCUUCUCCCUCUCCUCCUGCCUCCUCUACUCCCUCUCCUUCAUUGGACUCCCUUCCACCUCCCUCGCCCUCCCCACCUCCCCCUCCCUCUCCUCCCAAAGCUGCUUCCCCUCCUGCUGCUGCUGCUUUUGUAUCCAUUAUAAGCUGCCUCGUUUGUGGGGUGAUGGCACUGCUCGCGCCUGGACUCCUUAUCUGA